ACUCAAUCAAGCAUUCUAUAAGUCUUAUCAAAUUUUAUGUGAUAGCUAUUUUAUUAAACCAUUCGACGAGCAAGAUAGAUCAUUAAAUUAUGUUCACAUAGUCAAAAUGUAAAAACUCAACCACCAAACGCCUUGUUAGUUGAAGAAAAAUAUAUAUUUUUGACACGCAUUUUCACAGCCUGCAAGAAACAUGGGCGAUCUGCACGGUACAGCUGCUAGUUCCAGUAUUUGCGAAGAACAUCCGAGAAAGACCAAGGACCUGUUCUGCCAAAAAUGUGAGGUCGCUCUGUGUUCUGAAUGCUUUAAUUCAGACCAUACAGGCAGUCCUCAUAAAGUGCUCAGCAUCGAGGCAGCUAAAGAACGCCGCGAGCAAGUGGGAAUAUUGUUGGAAGCCUACUCACGAUCUGUAAAAGAUACAUCAGAAACUUUGAGCAUGAUGAACGCACACAUCCUAAGAUUUGUCUCCAAUGAUUUGCGGUGCGCUGAAGAUAUCUGCUAUGUUUACCAGCAAAGUUCAAUUUAUAAUAGAGACCUGAAAAGAAAGCGGGAAGUGCUGGACGAAGCACUAGAGAAGCAACGAAUCGUGGUUGCUAGCUUCCACAGAAAGGCCAAAAAAGAGCUGGAUGAAAAGUUUUCCGCGGUCGAAGACGCUCUGAGGAAAGUUUGCGAUCAAAAUUAGCCUUAAAUAACAAGAAAAAACCGUUCGUUAAAACUAGUCGUUGGCUUGAAAAAAAAACAAUAACAGACUUUCUUUUGAUGGUUUCCGGAAAAGCCCACAAAAGCAAAU